CUCAAAAUGUCUCUUCAAUUCUCCAUUUUACAAACUUAACAAACAGACAAACAGAUGAACAAUAAUAAUCCAAGAAAACUCCCAAAUUAUUCCAAACUUCAAUACUCAAUUUUCACUCUCACUCCUCCUCCUCCUCACUCUUUCUCUCUCCUCUUCUUCCCUUUCCAACUCACAUGUCAGUGAUUCUCACAACCCUAAUUCAAGCAAUCGAAUCUCCCCUUUCCCCUCCUCUGUCAAUUAUUCUCUGCAAUUUUCUUUGAUCCAACAACCCUAUUUCAAUGGAUUCUCACCGGAAUCCUCAAAAGGGUCGCCGCCGGGAACCUCAAACUCGCCGUAGAACCACCGCUACAACAACAGCAACUGCUAAACCCUCUUCUUCUUCGUCUUCAUGGUGUUGUUCUUUUAAAAGCCCUCCAAAAUCCCCUGAAGCCCUUUCUCUCUCUUCCUCCAAAACCCACCACAAAAUUGUGGGUGUUUCCAUUUCAGAAUCCUUGUCAAAAUCCCUCAAUUCCUUCCCAAACUCCCCUCAGAGCUCUAAAUCUGGGUUGAGUAUAGUGGGUCGGAUCGACCGUCGGCGUAUUCUCUCUCCUGGCCGGGUUUCGCCGAUUGAUUCUGAUAUGAUCCCGCCUAAAAUUAGCAAUGUGGGCCAAGAGCAGGAACUGAGUCAUGAACUGGGUUCAACUCGGAAGGUUGAUUUGGGGGAGGAGAGAGAAAAUAGAGGCGAGGAGGAUGGUGGGGUUUGCGGAGUGGAGGAGGAAGAGGAGGGUGUGUUUGAUGUGAGGUUGAGUUUAAAGGGGAAAUAUGGUGGUGGGUGUUUGGUUUUGGAAUUGAAUUCUAAGGUUUUGGGGGAAAAUAGUUCUUUGUUUGAUAGGUUGAUUAAGGAUUCCAAGAAGAGUGGAGGGUUUUGUAGGAUUGAGGUUCCUGAGGUUGAGAAUUUGGGUGUUUUUAGGGAAACUAUAGAGCUUAUGUUUGAAGAUGAUAUCGCCAAGAAGCUCAUUAAGAUUGGAGCUUUUCGCGCUAUCGACAUUCUUGAGGUAUCAGCAAGCAUCAAGUUCAACAGAGGUGUUUCAUCCUGCUUUAAGUAUCUCGAAGCCGUUCCUUGGACCGAGGAAGAGGAAGAGAAACUUAGAAGACUCUUCACUAAGUUCAAAUUCGAUGAUGCAACUAACAACGAGAUAUUCUCUAGGCUGAACCUCAACGACUCCAAUUCCCCUCAACGGAAUUUAGCAAGCCAGAUUGUACGUUCCAUCACCACGUGUGAAAACACCAAAGCAAGAAACGAGCUCAAAUCUAUGGUAAAAGGUCUCUUAUCUAAAAGCUCGGUUUAUGAGAAAGACUAUCUCGACAUCAGCAAAGAAGAUCUCUACUCCAUCAGUCAGUGUUGCCUAUCUUCUUUAGUUACCCUUUUCCAGGGUGCAACUAAUAACGAGAUAUUCGAGCAAACUAGCAGCAAAAAAGCCCCAGAAAAACCCUUGAUUGAAUCCAUCUCAUGGCAGGUUGAAAACAUCAAUUGGUUGUUAGAAAUCUUACUAGAUCGUCAGAUGGCAGAACAUUUCGUUGAUUUAUGGGCAUAUCAAAAGGAUUUGAUCAAAAUGCAUGAAAAAGCUUCUCCAAUGGUGAGAUACGAACUAAGCCGUGUUUCAGCAGUUCUGUUCGUUGCAAUGGGCACGAGGAAACUGCAAUGUCAGGCCGAAUCGAGAUUUGGGCUUCUCAACUCGUGGUUCGGGCCUAUGCUUUUGGACUUUGGGUGGUUGCAGAGGUGUAGAAAGGGAUUGAAUGUGAGGGAAUUGGAGGAAGCAAUGGGUCAAGCUCUACUUACACUACCAUUGAAGCAGCAAUAUGGAUUGUUCAUGGAAUGGUUUAGAUGUUUCUCUAAACAUGGGACUGAAUGCCCUAAUCUUAGCAAAGCUUUCCAGAUUUGGUGGCGUAGAUCUUUCUUACGAGGCUCGGAAACUCACGCAAUUGAAUCGCGAUAGCUGUGAUUCUUUGUGUUAGUUUUUUUUCUCUCAUUUGAUUUUUUUCUCCUCACUUUGUGUAUUGUUGCAAUAUUGUAGGAAUGGGUUUUGGGUGUAUAACUAUGUAGUUUGUGUGUAGAAAAGUAUCAAGCUUUUGGACAAGGCAUGUAUUAUUGACCCUUGUUCUCUUGCAGCAAUUGAUUGUUUUGUUUCUUUUAA